GGCGAAGUUUGUUCUUGUCAUUUUAUUGUGAUGCUCGUACGUUGUAAUUAAUUUAUCUAGUUUUUUGUUAUUUUAAAAUGGCUGACACCGGUCUACGUAUGAAUUUUGCUGCUCUAAAGAGGGCAGAUCCAUACGCCAGAGAAAUAAUUGACAGUGCUACCCACGUUGCUCUUUAUACAUUCGAGGAAAACGAAUGGGAGAAAACGAAUAUCGAGGGUGCUUUGUUUGUGUACAGUCGAAAUGGGGAACCGUACCACAGUUUAGUGAUUAUGAACAGAUUGAACACGAAUAACCUUAUUGAACCAGUGUCUAAAGGAAUAGAAUUGCAGCUUAAAGAACCGUUCCUUUUGUAUAGGAAUGCCAAGUGUCGUAUUUACGGCAUAUGGUUUUAUGAUAAAGACGAGUGUGUUCGAGUUGCUACGAAAUUAAAUUCUCUCGUCAAAGAGUCAAUUAAACAGCCGCCUGCCGAGAAUAUGGCCCAGAACCCUGUUUAUACGCCUUCUACGCAGUCAAACGCGCCCGUUGAUAUUUUUAGCAUGUUGAGCAAGGCUCAAGACGACUUCAAUUCGAAUAAGGGCAUCGUGGCAGGCAAAUGUGAAUCGACGCCUUCGCGAGCACCCGAUAUGACGUCACAGAGUGUAAUGGACUUCUUUGCAAAGGCUGGGAGCGGGGCCGCGGCGCAAAUGCCGGCUGUAUCUGCGCUGCCAUCUCCUGGCAUCUUUGGUCCACGGCCAACGGAUUCGCGGGAAGGUCCUAUGUUGCUCCAGAGACUAAUGAGCAAUCCUGCACAUUCAGUCGAACAUAUAGAGAAACAACAGCGCUCUGUAACACCACAGGAGGCUCUAAGCUCCAAUGGCAAUGUGUCACUAGACUCUUCCAUGCGACAAAAUAGCAGUUUUCCAUUGAAAUCUACUCCCAUUGAGAAACACAAACAAAGGUUACCUCCAAUGCAAAAGCCACAGUUGGAAUCUAUCGAGGCAAAUGGACUGAAUCCAUUGGAAAUGGACUUGAAUAUGAUGCAUAUAUCGUCACCGAAGCCUACUUCUCCAUUGGCAACAUAUUUGAAUCAGUCACAGGAAGUUAACCACUCGGUAAGCUCUUUUAAUGGUAGCAAAUUAGAGGAUGUAGGGGUGUAUUCAUUGAUCAACCCGACGGGCAGCCAGCCAAAACCAGCUCUGAUGCCGCCUACAAUGUUUACUGCUAGCGCCAGUAGUGAUGUCCACUCCUCGCCAGAACCUCUAACUAGAAAUCAGCUGCUGCAAGCAUUUAAUUACCUCCUAAAACAUGAUGCUGACUUCGUAAACAAAUUACAUGAAGCCUAUGUUAAAUCGUUCUCAGAGAAGGCAUACUCGGUGUCAUAAAUUUUCUUUUGGACGAGUGACUCUUAAUGUUACGUCACUAUGUAUGUACAGUUAUAUUAAAGUAGAAAUCCACUAAAAUGUUGUGUAGACCUUAUAGUUUUGUAGAAACCCAUUGUUUGGACAGAGUAUUUUUAAAUAAGUUUUAAAUCUUUGACUAUGUCAUUAAAAUCUGUAUACAAAAAGAAUUUUAGUGAUUAUUUGUUAGUGAACUGUAAAAUGACUACCCACUAUGAUUCCUUGAGUAACUCUUUGUGAUAUAGCUAUUGGCUCUGCUAGGGUCCCAUUUGAUAUUUGAUUCAGCUUUUGUGGACCUGUUUUUUAAUAAUUGUUACACAAUUAGAGUUCAUUGCGAUGUAAUUUAAUAUAUAAAAGUGCAAAUAAUUUAAAAUAUGUUACUCAAUCUCACAGAGAUUCAGUGUUUCAUGGGUGUAUAAAUAUCAUUCUAUUUAUUAUGCAAUGGACUUUAAGCUAAUGUGGACAACUUUUAAAAUAGUUUGUAACAUUGUUAAGGACUGCAAAUCUUUGCUAUAUUUUUUUACAAGAAUUAUAAUUUCCUAUUCAUUACACCUUAGUAGUUUAUGCACCAGUUUUUUUUAGUUUUAUUGUACAUGUCACUGUUUUUAAUAUGUAAAAUUUGUCAGUAGACUUUGAAAGUAAGUUUCUCGUUUUGAAUUUACUCAACUUGUAAAAUUAAAGUUACAGUCUGUGUAUUUGUGUUAAUCUGAUGGAUUGAGAAUGGCUUUAAUAUUCAUUAGGUAGUAGACGAAAUCGAAUUAUAAUGUUUAUUCUUUUUCACUUGUAAUAUUAAACUAACUUUUAAGGGAGAAAACAUUUUUUAAGUUAUAUUUCUCCUAAGAAUAAAUUUUCUAUAAAUGCAUAGUUAAUAUUUAAUUCACUUUCUUAGAAUGUGUAUGAUAUCUAUGUUCGUAGGGAUUUAUACAGCUUAUCCCAGAAAAGUAUUUUUAAAUACAUAGAUCUUGAAAACAACAUUUAUAUAAAUUAAAUAUAAAUUCGAAUAAAACUAUUGACCUCUAAUAUCUAUGGUCAUUUUAUUAUUGAAAAAGGAUGAAGAAAAAAUCAGAAUAUAUUCAAUAUUUGAAAUAUGAAUAUAAAUUCUAGAAAAUAGGGAGAGCUGAUUUACUUAAUAUAUAAAAAUCAUUAGGCCUACAAACAUUAAAAUACUAUAACUGCAUGAAAUAAGUUUGAUUUAUAUUUAUGAAAGUAAUCCAGAAUGCUUCCUCAAUUAAAUGGAACUACAAUGUUUGUUUAACAAUUGUAAAUUGUCAUCAAUGUAAUUUUGAGAAAUUUUUGGAAAACACUUGUUAAAUACUUGCAUAAAAAAUAGUCUCAAAUUAAAGGGUUCAAGUUA